GAUGAUGUGUGUUUAUUUCGUCGCUGCUGAGCGUAGCGCCACGGUGUGCACCAGUGUGAUUCUCUAGUGAUGUUGGAUGCGCGUGGAUAUUCGUGGAGACGAUGGUGGACGUACGAUGAGCGAGAUGCGUCGGACGUUGAGAUGUCACGCCCGCGAGACGCGGAGGGCCAGCCUGAAGUCAGGUACAGUCUGGUACAGUCAGGGAUGGGGAUGAGACUCGGAUCCGAGCUGGACGUCGGCGGGAUGCGGGCUUCCGACGUCGGUCGGCUGGCGUGGUGGCGUGAUGGGAUUAGACGUUCGAUUCCGUCGCGACCUGGAUCUGCUGUAGUAGGAGCCCGGGAUGCCGGUGAUAUACCGAAGUGUAUGAUGUCAAGGGCUAAUAUAACUCACAAGGAUACAUGCUUAGCAAGGCUCGACGAGAAAUUCGGCGCGUUUUACAGCUCUUCAGGCCUGUUUGACGAGUCACGCGUGGGUCAAGAGUUGAUAGAUGUCAGCGAGCCCGGUCCGCCGAGGACUGUACUGGGAAAAAAGACGCUGCUCCUGCGUGCCAAGGGAUUCAGAGUGGAGUCGAUAACCGUUAAAACUUUGAGGAAGAUCCGAAGUAAUCUUGCAGGGUUCUCAUCGUUGAUAAUGAACCACAUGCUAGACCACUGGCAUAUGAAUCGCUCUGCCGUGGCACCCAUUGAUGUCAUGCCGAGCACAGCUGCGGGGAAGCGAGGUCGGCGGGUACUUACAAAGAAAGACGAGAUAGUCGGAUCUGAGUCGUGCAUGUUUCAGACAUGGGUGCUGAACACAUUCACCGACGAACGUUGGAACGUUGGACAGCCUGAAUGGUUUGUUCGCGUCUAG